CCCUCGCCCCGCAGCAUCCCCGCCCCCUUCCCGCCCGCCCCGCCCUCUCCGCCCCCGCCCGGCGGCGGCAGCGGCAGCGGCGGCGCCGCGCCCAGCCCCCCGCCGCCCUACGCAUGCGCCCUUCCCGCCCCUCGACGCCCCCGCCCCGGCCCGCCCGCGCCCUCUGCGCACCCGCCCAUCCCGGGCCAGGCGCCCGACGCCGCCCCGCACCACGGCCUGCACACGCACUCCAGCAAGUUUCCGAAGGCACGCCUUGGCUGGGGGUGGGGUGGUAGGGGAGGGGGUGGGGUGGGAGUCUCCCACGCGCCGCGGGGCGCGCUGAGGCGCAGCGGCGGAGGCGCAGUCGCGGCCGGCGCAGCAGUGCAGAAGCAGCUACGGGGCGCGGGGCGGCGCGAAGCGGAGGAGCAGACUGCGGCGAGACGCGCGGCUCCGCGCAAUAGGCCGUCGCCCUCGCCUCGCCGCCGCGCCGCGAAGCCCCGCCGGCGCCCCGCGCCGCCCCCGGCGCGCCCCGGGCAAGACCACCACCACCUGCAGCUGAUGCAGCAGCAGCAGCAGCGCGCGGCGCAGGGCCAGGGCCAGGGGCAGUACGCGCGGCCGGCGCCGCUGCACCAGGGCGCGCCCCCCGACGGCUCCGCGCCCGCCCCCAACCCCCAGCAACAGCAACAGCAACAGCCCGCCUACGCGCACUACAAC